ACGCCAUUUCAAAACAAAUGCGCGGCAACGAAUUUUAUUUCACACCGAAACAUUGAGUGAAAAGUCGUGAAAAGAGGCAGAUAGACAAACAAAAAUGGGAGCAAAAGCUACGAAAAUGGAGGGCGAAUAUCUGCCGGAUACGCCGACACUUAACAAAAUGCGCCUGGCCAGCGAAAAACAGGAAAAUGUGGAAAUGACGACGCCGACACGAGAGCAAAACAACGCUUUGCUAGAUCCUCGAUCUCCAAAUGGCUGUCGAACGCCUUUAAAUUUUUUACAGUCAGGACAGCAAAAACCGCGUCCUGAGGAGGCGGAGGAGCAGGUGGCCACCAGCGAGAAUGCCUUUGCAAUGCUACGAAAACGAUUGCUCAAAGGCUUUUCGCUCAAUGAUCCCCGUUCUCCACAACUAAAUCGCACUCCUUUGGUUCUGGACGAGGUGCGCUCCCUCAACCUGGACGACACCUUUGCCGAUCUCUUCGUGGACACCAGGGCUGGCACCGCCCAACGAGCAAUGCCUGCUACUCCUCCCCAAGUGGAUUUGGAGCAGAGCUGCGAUAGCUUUGGCACACCACCGUCUGGUGCCCACAACAAUAGUUCCCUGGAGAUCGUCUCCCUGCCCUUCGACGAGGAGGAGACCCUGCCGUGCGAGCAUCAGCUGCUGCAGAAACAGCAGCAGGAUGCGGUCAAGAUGGAGACUCCUCCGCCUGCACAGCAGCUCCACAGUGAUCCCCGUUCGCCCAGCAUGGGCGUCGAUCGCACACCCAUCAUCUUCUGCGACGACGAGGAGGAGGAAGCUCGCGAGGCCCAGAUGCUGGAGCACAUCCUGGAAACACUGACCCUGAACCUAAGCACUGGCAGCAGUCUGGCCUCCUUUGCCCCUGGCGAGGAUCAGCCAUCGACAGCUUUGCCGGCCAACAAGCAUUUGGAGCGCGUGCGUUUGGGUCACAAGCGAAGGGUUCCGCCGCGCAAACCCGCCAGGGCCAGCAAGCCAAAGAUCUAUGUCGAUCAGGAGGAGGAGGAGGACGAGCAGUCGCCAGUGGCAGUGGGAUCCAUCACCCCCAAGUCGAACAGUACACCCCUGUCCGCUCAGAAGCGUACCCCACUCAGCUGUGUCAAGAAUAAGCCGCAUCUGCGUUCGCGUUCCGUGGAAAAGGAUCUAAGGAAGACACAGAAUGCUCCAGUGCAGAGUUUCAAUGAUCAGUUGCGGCUGAUUUCCGGCGGCGAGGUCCUAAACGGACCCAUUUACUAACCUAGUUUAGUAGUUAACAAUUGCCCACCUAAAACCCACCCACCAAAUCAUUUUGCAUCCCAGCAUAUUCACUUUAUACAUCUUUUAAUAAAUCAUUUUAUUAGUUUGCGUAUUCAA